UAUGGCGCCGCGCAAGAAAAAAUUACAUCGUGACGAAACGUAAAAGAUGUUGAAAACUCGUAGAGGAUGGUACUUAGUGGACAUAAAGACGGACGAGAAUGACAAAAAGAUAAAGGAUGAGAAGGAAGAUGCAUUAGAGGCGAGACGAGCAGCGAUAGUGAAGCGAGGCGAUAAUAAAAUCGCACGACGUCGUUCGCAGGCCGAGCAACGAGAAGCCAUUAUAGCGGAGGAAUUAUCGCGUGCUCAAAAAGCUAUUGAAUCGACACAAGAAGAGAUUGAAGUGGCGCAUAGACUAGCUGCUGAAUUGUCGCGGCGUAAAAAUGAAGAAGUAAAACGUGCGCUAAAAUCCGAUCACAUAAAAUCCUCUGCGCGAUCAUCAUCGAGUUGUGCUCUGGAAGAAGCCCAAUCGCGUUUGAUAGAGGAAAAGGUUCGUCUGGAAGCGAAUCAGGCGGAACUAUUAAAGCUCUGGCACGAAGAUAAAAUUGCCGAGAAGCUGCAACGAGCUGAAGAUGAAAAGAAGAAGCAAAACAGGCGAAAAGAUCUGCAGAAUCAAUUGGCGGACAAUCAGCGACGAGUUCAACGGAGAAGAAUUGAGGAGAAGGAACAGGAUCGCAAGAUGAUGGAACAAGAGAUGCGGAAAACUCAGGUGGAGAAUGCAAAGACGAGAGAAGAAAAGGAGACCAACGCAAUUCUUUUGAGAGCAGAGAUGGCCGCGUCUAUAGCAGCUAAGAAAGUAUGGGAAAGGAAAUAUAAGGAAGCAUUAAAGGAUGAGGAUGAAAGGAUAGCUCGCAUAAUCACGGAAAAGGAAACACGACACGAAAAACAGCUCGGUAUAAAGACGGAACUUCGCGCAGCGAGAGAAGCGGCGAUAAAUAACGUAGCUAGAGAACUGCUGACUAACGUGUGCAAAGAAAGAAAAAAGCAGGAAAUCGCUGAUGAAUUGUAUCGAGAAGAGCAGAAGAGUAAAUGGAUGGAAGAACCUGCGUCAAGAAAGCAAUACGAUAUUGCUGAAUCCUUCAAAGAAAUAGCGAAACAGAAAGCUGAACGCAAAGCAAGAGAUGAAGCGAUUGAUACCGCGUUUGUACAAUAUUUGGCCGAAUUACGAAAGAAAGAUAUUGAGAAACAAAGAGAAGAAGAUAAUGCACGAUACGCAAAAAAAAUUCAAUAUGGAAAGGAAUUAAAAAACGUUAUAACAAAUAACAGAGUUAAUUACGCUAUGAAUAUUUUACAACGAUAGUCCGAAAUUUGUGAGCAAGAUAGAAAUGCAAAUCAAUUAACUACAAUGAGUGUGAAAUAGUCUAAGAAUAGAAACGAUAAUAACAACGACUGUAAGAAAAAAGAUAAUUGAUACGAGCAUCAGAAGCUAUCCUAAACGAUGCAACU